AUGGCAAACCUGCAGCAAGAAUACCCUGGAGUCCUCAUGGGGAUCCUUGAAGAACUGGCUACCAUGCGUCAGUGGUUGACUUUCCAGGACCUUUGUCGUAUGGUCAGCACCCGCUUUGACUUGGAACACCUCAUUGAGCUCCGGAGUUUGUUGUUUGCUGCUGCUAGCCGGGACCCCUGUUUUCCAGCCACUCUUUUUAGAGAUCGAGUUUCCACCAGGGGACAAGGGCUGUCACCAAUAGGUGUCGCUGCUGACAUCGUGACAAUUUUUAACCUUAUUCAGAUGACGGGUGGGGCCACUGAUGACAGCCAACCAAUGAGAACUCAGACGGUGCUGCCUGUGGACCAGUCCCCAGGUCCCAGUCUGCCCGGGAUCCACCACCUGAACGUUCCGAGUAGAGAGAGAGUACGCACUCACUCUGACUCCAGUGCAAGUCUUAUCGACAAGUACUUGCUCUUUCCACAUUCCAAUUACUCAGUGCGUAAGCGUGGCAGUCUCCCCCCCGAUCCCAUCUCACUUGUAUCGCCCCCUCCCGUCAGGACGCGAGCUGUGUCUUUCGACUUGCCUCACACCACACUUUUGUAUUCCAGCGGACAGAUCCCCGCCAAGACCAUGAAGGAUAUUUACCUGCCUUUGGAAACGGACAGCGAGUCAAGUGUCGAUUCAGCCCCGGUUGAGGUGUUUGAAACCGAACAGGAGUCAUCAAUCGACCAGAAGAGAAACAUCUUUAAGAAGGACUUCCACAAUCAGCCGCCUCUCAUACCACAGGUGACCGUCCACAGUGAGUCUCCCAGUCCCAAGGGGGAGAAAGGCUUUGACAAUCACAACUUUGAAAUGAUCCCUAACCCUUACCCUUCGCCCACCGCAGUCCUGCAGGCUCCGCAAGAGCGGACCAAACAUGAAAGUCUGGAUGACCUGCAGGACUCCACUUAUUUCGGACCUGGAUCGAUCCCAGAGCGGUCCCAGAAACACUUGAAGCCUCCCCGAGGGCAAAGGCCCAUCUGGAGUAACAAGAGUCACAGUCUGGAGGACCGGAUCAGCCCAGCCGGCGUUGGUAUGGGACCUGAAACCCGUGGUGGAAAACUACAAAGGCGAUCAAGGCCCGCUAUGAGCAAAAUGGGGGGUUCUUUGGGGGGCGAGAUUGGGGACAUUGAAUUUGACGGAAUGAAGGCUCAAGGAACCCAGACCGAUCCUCCAGACACCCGGCGUCUCCGUAGCUUGGUCCAUGCAGACCGCCUGUCCUUCAUGACUUCUUUGGAUGAUCCGGAUUUUGCCGAUGAUGACAUAAGUGCCAUCUUCCGCUUUUUAGAUGACAUAAGCAUGUGUGGCUCCACGGCAGUCCUGCACCCUAACGAUGGAUCCGCGGCGCUCAACCAGGAUACCCCGGAGGCCAGACGGGGCCGCCUAGGCCAACUCCAGAGGCUUUUUCAUUCUCUGGAAAGCAGCGAUGAUGGACUAAAAGCCACCGUGUGCAAGCUGCUGCUCCGCAUGAACCAGAUCGAGCGACAGUUGCAAUCACUAAAUGAUGUCAAAGCCGAGAUCUCUCAGGUCUUGUCUGCUUUGCAGCGACUGGAUGAAAAGAUCCCGCAGCCCGCCGUCGAUGGCGCACAGAGCAGCGGUGGCCGAUGGCUGGAGCCUCUCAGCGGCGUGUCCUCCUUCAUGAGCCACCCCAUCACCCCGUCAGAAUCAUCUGAGCCUCAGCCUUUAUCUGUAUCCGAGCAUCUCUUUCCUGCAACCAGCACUCAUAGUCUGGACUGGAACAAAUGGAACGCUCCUGGGGAGCAGACAGACAGUGGUAAAUGUCAAGGUGAGACAAAAUCGGGCAAAGACGGAAAAGCGUCUCGUCGCGCCUCGACAAACGAGCCCGGGGAGAAAGGGCCGUCGGAUUCCAAGCGAUCAAAUGUGUCAAGCAUGGCAAAAGACUGGAUGGUGACUUUCUCCAAAAUGAAAGGUGGCAAAUCACAAGAGAAAACUGGACAGGAAGAGCAGCCAAGCCGAAGUGCCAAACUUCUUUCUCAGAAGUCGUCCAGCUUGGUGGAGCAAGUAUUUAGCUCGUCCUUGUUUGGGAACAAAGAAAGCAGCUUGACUGGGGGCCUCGCCGCAGGAAAAAUGAUGGACCCCAGACUGGCCGAAGCGAGAGGAAGAGCCGUCUGGACCGUAGACGAGCGAGAGUCACGAGUCUCCCCUUUGCAGGGUCGUGAUUCUCUCAACCCUAACAACAUGGAGUUCUGGAUGGACGACAUCUACACUCCGGGCUAUGAUGCGUUACUCAGGCGUAAAGAGGCUGGCCUCCGCCGGGCCAAAGUUUGCAAGUUGUUAGCGCUCAUCGCUGUUGUACUUGUUAUCAUUCUCAUCAUUGUCAUUCCCAUUUGCACCAUGAGAUCAUGAGAAAUUGCGUGAGGACAUUUUGCACAUUUUUCUGCAAGAGGGAGCUUCCGCAACUAAGCGGAGGAUGUGAAGAACAGCUUCUUUGGAUUGCUUCGUUUCACCUACAGUUUUCAUUCCUUUAUACAGGCAGUGUACAUUUUUCAAAUAUAGUAUAUAUGCGAUACUGUAAUAUAUUUAAUACUGAGCCGUUAUCGCAGAUGUAUGAAUGCCUUCAUCAGCAUGCGUUUCAAAUAUACAAUUUUCUCUUUGUUUUGUGUUCAUAGGCCUCAUCUAUUAAACCGGGGAAUGCAAGUAUUAAAUCUGCACAAGGAAUAUUUGUAUUUUAGCGUCAGGUUUCAAGAAGAUUAUGUCUUGCUGCUGUUGAUGAUGCUGCUGAUAAUGAAUGGAAGAGAAUAGGAAGUAUUUUCCAGGAAACUCUCUUAGAGGGAGUUUCCACUUGUAAUUCAAUUGAUGGGCUGUUUGGAGUGCAUCCUGGCGCAUUAGCUUCUCCCUCCACUCACCGGACCAAGGUUUUUCCCAACAUGCCGACUCAAUAACAAUUUCAUUUAACCUCCUCCCACAGUGAUGAAUGUGGUUUUUACUGUGUGAAGGUCCAUUUUGUUAAAACGUCCAGUUAACCCAAGAGGCUUAGACUGACUUUCAGUGCCAGGCUGUUAAUCGUGACUUAAUGCGACCAACAAAUGCACAUGAAUCUUGUACAUCUUUUCCAAUCAUGAUAUGAUUACAAACCGUGGUCUGUGUGUUUAUAUGACUAAUUAAUUUUGCAUUAAAGACACCGUCAUUUACUAUUUGUUUAUUGUAUAGAAAGACAACAACAUUUGCAAAUGUUAAUGCCACUAUGUAUCAUUUGAUAUGACGGACUUUCUUUCUUUAAGAAUGCUGUGCUGUAUCCAAUAUUUUUGAUACAACUAUGCAUAUCAGUUUACGGUGCACAUUUCCAAAACAUGUUUUCUCUUUCCAGACUUAAAAUGUUGCCUCUUGCUUUGAGUGCACAAAUAUGCACAAGGUCUAAUGAGAGUGUGUUUUGCUUUAGCACAUCCUCCUAAGUGGAUGUGCGUCCACCAUGUGUUCCCCCGUGAGAGUGUUUGCAGAUCCAUUAUACCAACGUUGCCACUAAAGUGUAGUCAGCACAAUAUGCAGGUGCUUUCUCUAAAACUCGUGUGCAUUAGUCUCUUAUUGCCCUUUCUUCCCCUUGAGACGCUUUCAUGAAUUUUAGACAUUGUUGUUGCAGUCUCAGGUAAAUAAGCACUUCUUGUAAAUGAGAAAAAAAAAAGCCUGUAAACAGAAUAUUGCAGCACAACUUGAUGGUUGGCAAUGCUUGAUGAAAACAGCACAAAUGAGUUCAUGUUGCCUGAAUGAAAAUGCCU